AUGGCAGGGGCCUCUGUGAAGGUGGCGGUGCGUGUCCGCCCCUUCAACUCAAGGGAGAUCGGAAAAGAUAGCAAAUGCAUCAUUCAGAUGUCUGGAAACACCACCACCAUCACCAACCCCAAGCAGGCCAAAGACAACAAGAGCUUCAACUUUGAUUACUCCUACUGGUCCCACACCUCGCCAGAGGACAUCAAUUAUGCCUCUCAGGUGCAAGUAUACAAAGACAUCGGAGAGGAAAUGUUGCUGCACGCUUUCGAGGGAUACAACGUCUGCAUCUUUGCUUACGGCCAGACGGGGUCUGGCAAGUCCUACACCAUGAUGGGGAAGCAGGAUGUCAAGGAUCAACAAGGGAUCAUCCCUCUGCUGUGUGAAGAUCUUUUCACUAAGUUUAAUGACAAUGCAGACAACAGCAUGUCUUAUUCUGUGGAGGUAAGCUACAUGGAAAUCUACUGUGAACGGGUGCGGGAUUUACUGAACCCCAAGAACAAAGGGAACCUGCGCGUUCGAGAGCAUCCUCUGAUGGGACCUUAUGUGGAGGACCUGUCCAAGCUGGCUGUUACCUCCUACAACGACAUCCAGGACCUGAUGGACUCCGGCAACAAGGCCAGGACUGUGGCCGCCACGAACAUGAACGAGACAAGCAGUCGCUCUCAUGCCGUCUUCAACAUCAUAUUCACUCAGAAACGCCAAGAUGCAGACACCGAUAACACCUCUGAGAAGGUCGACAAGAUAAGUUUGGUGGAUUUGGCUGGCAGUGAGAGGGCAGACUCUACUGGAGCCAAAGGGACCAGACUUAAGGAAGGAGCAAAUAUCAACAAAUCUCUAACUACACUGGGGAAAGUCAUCUCUGCUUUGGCAGAAGUGGACUCUGGGUCAAAUAAGAAUAAAAAGAAGAAGAAGGUGGAAAACCACAUCCCCUACAGGGACUCGGUUUUGACCUGGUUACUGAGAGAAAAUCUGGGGGGGAACUCUCGUACGGCGAUGGUAGCUGCCCUGAGUCCAGCUGACAUCAACUAUGACGAGACCCUCAGCACACUCAGGUAUGCAGACCGCGCUAAACAGAUCCGCUGCAACGCGGUGAUCAAUGAGGAUCCCAACAACCGAUUGGUGCGGGAGCUGAAAGAGGAGGUGUCCCGUCUGAAAGACCUCCUCUACGCCCAGGGCCUGGGUGACAUCAUUGACAUGACACAUGCCAUGACGGGGAUGAGUCCCUCUCCGUCUCUCUCAGCCUUGUCCAGCCGUGCCGGAUCAAUCGCCAGUCUUCAUGACCGCAUCAUGUUCAGCCCGGGCAGCGAAGAGGCCAUCGAGAGGCUGAAGGAAACAGAGAAAAUCAUUGCUGAACUCAAUGAGACUUGGGAAGAGAAACUUCGCCGAACGGAAGCCAUUAGAAUGGAAAGAGAGGCCUUGCUGGCAGAAAUGGGUGUAGCAAUGCGAGAAGAUGGCGGCACAGUUGGCGUGUUCUCUCCCAAAGAGACACCCCAUCUGGUGAAUCUUAACGAGGAUCCUCUGAUGUCCGAGUGCCUCCUGUACUACAUUAAAGACGGGAUCACCAGGGUCGGUCGUGUAGACGCCAGCAGUCGUCAGGAUAUAGUCCUCAGCGGCCACUUCAUCAAGGAUGAGCACUGCACCUUCACCAGUUCUACUGGUCCAACAAAAGAAAUAGUUGUCCUGGAGCCGUGUGAAGGAGCUGAGACUUACGUCAACGGAAAGAGAGUGACCGAGCCCACUGUCCUCAAAUCAGGAAAUCGCAUCAUCUUGGGGAAGAGCCAUGUGUUUCGGUUCAACCACCCUGUGCAGGCCAGGGCAGAGAGGGAGAGGACGCCAUGUGCAGAGACCCCUGCUGAGCCCAUGGACUGGGCCUACGCCCAAAGGGAGCUGCUGGACAAACAAGGCAUUGACAUGAAACAGGAAAUGGAACAGAGACUGCAGGAGUUGGAGGAGCAGUAUCGCAAAGAAAGAGAGGAAGCCAACAACCUUCUGGAGCAGCAAAGACUGGAUUAUGAGAGCAAGCUGGAGGCUCUUCAGAGGCAAGUGGACAGUUACUACCCAGAAACCCUUGAAGAAGAGGACGAGCCAGAGGAGGAAGUGCAAUGGACAGAGAGGGAAAGAGAGCUGGCUGUGUGGAGCUUUCGUAAGUGGCGGUGCUACCAGUUCACCUCUCUCCGUGACCUGUUAUGGGGCAAUGCCAUCUUCCUUAAGGAGGCCAAUGCCAUCAGCGUGGAGCUCAAGAAGAAGGUCCAGUUCCAGUUUGUGCUGCUCACAGACACACUCUACUCCCCGCUUCCUCCAGACCUGUUGCCUCCAGAGGCGACCGAGGAGAGAGAGAAGCGACAAUUCCCACGCACCAUCGUGGCAGUGGAGGUGCAGGAUCAGAAAAACGGAGCCACCCACUAUUGGACAUUAGAAAAACUAAGGCAGAGGCUGGAUCUCAUGAGAGAGAUGUACGAUCGUGCUGCUGAUGUGCCCAACAAUACCGCUGAUGACGGUGAAAAUGUGAUGACCGGAGGGGACCCGUUUUAUGACCGCUUCCCUUGGUUCCGUCUGGUUGGCAGAAACCCCAUUUUCAACACAUGCAUGAGCGAGCGCAUGAGUGACCCCACCCCAUCCCCGACCCUCUCCACCUCUGAAAUUACUGAGCUGGCUGACCCGCAGCGGGAGGGUCGAGGGGAGGAGGAGGAGUUUGAGGAGUUGGAGGACCUGGACGAUGAUAUCUUUUUGGACGACCCGUGCUCGGAGCUCGGGGGAGAGGAUGAUGAUGAUGAUGAUGAUGAUGAUGAUGAUGAUGAUGAUGAUGAUGAUGAGGGAGAGCUCUGCCGAGGCUCCGGCGAAGGCCAGGAUCCCUUUUACGACCGCUCACCAUUAUUCAGUGUAGUGGGAAGGGCUUUUGUUUAUCUGAGUAACCUGCUGUACCCGGUGCCUCUCGUCCACCGCGUGGCCAUCGUCAGCGAGAGGGGUGAAGUGAAGGGCUUCCUCCGUGUGGCGGUGCAGGCCAUAUCAGCUGACGAGGAAGCUCCAGACUACGGCUCAGGAGUGAGGCAGUCAGGCACCGCCAAAAUCUCGUUUGGGGAUCAGCAAUAUGAAAAGUUCCAGUCCGAGUCCUGCUCUGUAGGACUGUCCCGCACAGGGGUUUCACAGGAGGAGCUUCGUAUUGUGGAGGGGGAGGGGCAGAAUGCAGAACUGGGACCCUCAGCUGAUGAGGUCAACAAUAACACAUGUGCGGCUGGUGCAGAUGAGCUGGAGAGUCCGCUGAAGAGUCUUGACGGCUCACUUGACACAACUCUGGAGCACCUGAGGAUCGGCAGUGUCUUUACCUUCAGGGUGACCGUCCUGCAAGCCUCCAGCAUCUCUGCAGAAUAUGCCGACAUCUUCUGCCAGUUCAAUUUCAUCCACCGCCACGAUGAGGCCUUCUCCACUGAACCCCUCAAAAACACCGGCCGGCCCCCGCUUGGCUUCUACCAUGUGCAGAAUAUUGCUGUUGAAGUGACCAAAUCCUUUGUUGACUACAUCAAGACUCAGCCGAUUGUGUUUGAGGUGUUUGGACACUACCAGAAACAGCCUUUUCUUCCACUCUGUAAAGACGUCAUCAGUCCACUACGUCCCUGCAGAAGACAGUUCCCACGAGUGAUGCCUCUGUCCAAACCAGUACCUGCCACCAAGCUGACAGCUAUGACCCGCCCGCAGGCAGGACCCUGCCACUGCAAAUGUGAUCUCAUGGUGUUCUUUGAGAUCUGCGAGCUGGAGGCCACUGGAGACUACAUCCCUGCAGUGGUGGACCACAGAGGAGGAAUGCCUUGUCAUGGCACAUUCCUACUGCACCAGGGCCUCCAGAGGAGAAUCACUGUGACUAUUGUACACGAGUCAGGAGGUGACGUGGAAUGGAAGGAUAUCCGUGAGCUUGUUGUGGGUCGUCUCCGCAACACCCCUGAAGCUGAUGAGACCAUCAUUGACCCUAACAUUCUCUCUCUCAACAUCUUGUCUGCUGGUUACGUCAGACCCAUGCAGGAUGACCGACAGUUUCUUGAUUCGGACAUGCCUAGGACUUUCUACCGCUUCGAGGCCGCCUGGGAUAGCUCCAUGCACAACUCGCUGCUACUAAACCGAGUCACUCCAUACGGGGAGAAGAUCUACAUGACCCUCUCUGCCUACUUGGAGAUGGAGAACUGCACCCAGCCCGCAAUCAUAACCAAAGAUAUCUGCAUGGUGUUUUACUCUCGAGACACAAAGCUCUCGGCCUCACGCUCCAUCCGGAACCUUUUUGGCACUGGAAGCCUGAGAGCAGCAGAUGGAAACCGUGUAACUGGAGUUUAUGAGGUCAGCCUUUGUAACCUUGCAGAUGCAGGAAGCCCAGGUAUGCAGAGGAGACGCAGGCGAGUGCUGGACACCUCAGUGGCCUAUGUCCGUGGGGAGGAGAACCUGGCUGGGUGGAGGCCCCGUAGCGACAGCCUCAUUCUGGACCAUCAAUGGGAGCUGGAGAAACUCAGCCUCCUCCAAGAUGUGGAGAAGACCAAACAUUACCUUCUCCUGAGGGAGAAACUGGAGUCCACCAUGCUUAUGGGCCAGGAGUCCCUGCAGUCCUGCGUCACUGAGGAGCUGAGCGAGUCUCCUCAGCCCCCCGAGGUCGACCGGGAGGUCAGCUCCAGCUCUGAAAUCACCACUGAGAGGCAGAGGGAGCUGGCUGCCAAGUGUUUGCGUCUGCUCACUCACUCCUUCAACCGAGAAUACAGCCAUGUGUGCGUCAGCGCCAGUGAAAGCAAGAUCUCAGAGAUGUCCGUCACAAUGCUAAGAGACUCUGCUUCAAUCUCUGCUCUCAACACAAUCACACCCUCUUCAACAUGCCCUUCGCUGGUUGAGGGUUGCUAUGGCGAUGCUGAACUCAGGUCAACCCCGAUGCCCCGCUCUCGUGCCGUCAGCCCCAGUCCAGACACACAUCAGGACGCAGACGCCAAGAAGUCCAUCAACGGAGCCUCUGAAACCAAACCAAGGAUCCGCAGAUUUUUCCCUGACAUCCAGGAGAUUAGAGUCAGCCCCAUUGUGUCAAAGAAGGGUUACUUGCAUUUCUUGGAGCCACACACCAACGGAUGGGUGAAGCGCUUUGUCGUCGUGCGGCGGCCGUACGUCUACAUCUACAACACGGAGAGAGACUCUGUGGAGCGGGCUAUCCUCAACCUCUCCUCUGCACAGGUGGAGUACAGUGAGGACCAGCAGGCAAUGCUGAAGACCCCGUACACAUUUGCCGUGUGUACAGAACAUCGUGGAAUUUUGCUCCAAGCCACUAAUGACAAAGAGAUGCAUGACUGGUUGUAUGCGUUUAAUCCCCUUCUUGCUGGAACUAUCAGGUCAAAGCUGUCGAGAAGACGAGCCGGACAGAUGAGGAUGUGAAACAACACUCAAAUCUAAUGAGAGAAGGAUGAAGGCAGAGACU